GACCAAAGGCUGAUUUUGGCACUCUUACUACACAUAGCAAAGCAGCACAAUGAGACAUUUCCUCUCUCCACUACACCCUUUCCUUUCAGUCCAUUGCCAUUGUUCCCACUUAACCUUUUACCCAGUGGCGCAAGCAUGUUGCUGAGCUAAAACUGCAAAAGACAUUUUGUAGUUAUCAGUCGAUCUGAAAAGGUUUUGGCUCGGCCUGUCUUCCUGUCAUCCCACUUACCAGCAGUCACUCCCUCGUUACUGCAAACAUACAAAAACAAAUUUUAUUUGAUAAAAUGCCUGCGUUUGCAAAAUAUGAGUGAGAGAGAACAGGGGGGGGAGGGUGUAGCAAGAAAGAGCGAGAGAUGGAAAGGAAAUUAUGGAGAAAAGGGGAAGGAGAGAUGUUGGUGUAGUUUAUUUGUGAGUGGAUUUGAUCGGAUCACGAUGAUAAGAUUAAGUCUUCUGCUUCUCCUACUCUCCCGCCCGGCCUACUCGAUGCUGCUGGGAUGGGUGGAGUCUCCAGGGUAUCCCACUGGAUAUUUGCCCCAUGCCAGUCUGAACUGGAGCAGGUGUGCCCACAAGGGUCACACCCUCUCCAUCAAGCUCAUCCACCUGGACCUGGAGGACAGCCAAGACUGUGAAAACGAUGCAGUAAAGGUCUUUUCAAAUGGAAACCUAAUCUCAGUUCUGUGUGGCAAAAGGGAAUUUGAGGAGCUUCAGUCCACUGUGAAUCCCUCGCUCCUCUCCUCCCCGGGGGGCUGCCUCUCUCUCACGUUCCACUCCGACUACUCAAACACCAAGAGGCACACCGGCUUCAGAGGGCUUUACAGCGAUCAAGACUUUGAUGAAUGUAAGGACGACCCUGACAACGGAUGCACACAGUUCUGUCACAACUACAUCGGAGGGUACCACUGCUCCUGUCGCCAUGGUUACUACCUGGAUGUGGACAAACACACUUGCACGGUGAGUUGUACUAAGGAUCUGUCAGGGCAGUACAAUGGGGACAUAUCCAGUCCCUCCUGGCCCGCUUCAUAUGCAGAGAAUGCCAACUGUCAGCACACUCUGUCUGUGGAGGCCACCCUGCAACUGGAGUUGCACUUCUCUGAGGAUUUCGAUGUGGAGCAAAGCCCUGAUGGUCAAUGCAUAGAUGCACUGAGUAUUGAGACUCCCUCUGGGAUUCUGGGGCCAUUCUGUGGCCACACGCCUCCCCCAUCUCCCUUUCUCACUCACUCGCAUCACAUCCAAAUCCGCUUCACCUCUGAUGGCUUUGGCACUAACAAAGGCUUCAGUCUCCACUUCACGACCAGAGACAAGGUCUGUCCAGCAGUGGUGACCUCGCACUCCACUGUGACUCCCCAGCAACCAGAAUAUCAUGAGGGUGAAACAGCGACAGUAACUUGUGAUGCUGGCUACGUUGUAAACACUCAAGGCACCCAGGCCCUGUCAACACAGUAUGUGGCGAUAUGUCAGAAUACAGGUGUAUGGACCCCCAAUUACGCCUGUGAACCUGUGGAUUGUGGAUUUCCUGAUAUCCCAGAAGAUGGCAUCCUUCAGUUGGUGGGCUCAGAUAACCCACACACUCAGUAUAAAGACCAGCUUCAGUUUAACUGCAGCUCAAAGUACUACACACUGGAAGGAGAUGACUUGUACACUUGCAGUCCCCGUGGUGAAUGGGUAUCAGGUGGAGGCAAGACAGAGAUGCCAAAAUGCAUUGAAGUGUGCGGAAAGCCUGAAAACCACCGUGCAGCCAGAAUUUUGGGAGGUGAGGAUGCAAACAUGGGAGAGAUACCGUGGCAUCUUUUGAUUAAAGAGCCGAACAGAGGAGGAGCAUCAUUGAUCAAUGACCGAUGGGCUGUCACAGCAGCUCAUGUCGUGGAAACGGCAGAGGAAACCUCUUUGAGACUGUAUGGUGGACUGGUAGAUGGAAGAACGAUAUCAAAAAGGUUUUCUAAUGUAGUUGUCAUGGACAGUGAGAGGAUCAUAAUUCAUCCCGACUACAUCAAAGGCAUUCCUCUUGUAGAACGCUCCAAUUUUGACAAUGAUAUUGCUCUUAUUAGAUUAGCUUCCAGGGUGGAUUUAGGCCCAAACCUCCUUCCCAUUUGUCUGCCAGAGGUAAACAGGGUCCUGUUGGAAAAUGAGCUAGGCACAGUGUCAGGCUGGGGGAUAACAGAAUCAAACAUGCGUUUCCACACGUCUGCUCUGUUAAAAUACGCUCAUAUUGGGGCCUACUCCCUUGCAAAUUGUCAGGAUACACCGUUCACACCUACAACUAACAAACGCAUGACUUUCACUAAUAACAUGUUCUGUGCUGGAGCAGAUGGAAAGGACAGCUGCCAGAAAGACAGUGGAGGUCCGUUUGUUUCGCCUAUGUUGACUGAAGGCAGUGCGCCAUAUCGUCUGACUGGCAUUGUGUCCUGGGGACCCCCCUGUCAACACAAGAAGUACAAGGGUUAUUAUACCAAGGUGGCUAGUUAUGUGGACUGGAUUAAGCAGACAAUAGAUGAAUUAUUUGCAGCAUCGAUCCUGUUUUUCUACAAUUCAAAGUCAAGAGCUCUGUUUCACUUGAAGGUGAAGCAUUUGCUCCUGCAGCAGCGGAUCAGUUCACGCUCAGAUAUAACAUUUAAUCCAGAGAUGGGGUGGACUUUCUGUAUCAUCUUGUUUCUGUAUGUGUCAGUUUGUGAGUGCCGGCGGCUGCCUGAUCCAGAGCCUCUAAUGCAUGGGGCGGUCCAGUCCCCCCAGUAUCCCCAGCCUUACCCUCCCAACCUGCAGGAGCAGUGGGACCUCAGUGUGCCCGAGGGCUACCAGAUCCAAAUCACCUUCACACACCUGGACAUUGAAGCUUCUGCAGGCUGCUAUUACGACGCCCUCACAGUUCUCUAUGAUGCAAAGAUCCUGGGAAAGUUUUGUGGCCAUGAGAACUUGGCUGAUGGGCAUCAUCCAGGCAACCAGCCCAUCCUGUCUCCAGGCAGCAGACUCACCCUGAUAUUCCAGACGGACGACAACAACCCAGAGCGCCAUCAGAAUGUGGGCUUCUCUGCACAGUACCAGGCAAUAGACACAGAUGAGUGUUCUGCGCCAGAACCUCAGGAUGGCUCAGGUCCUCUCUGCUCUCAGAUCUGCCUCAACACCCUUGGCUCAUACCUUUGCGCCUGUCAUCACGGCUACGAGCUUCGUCCAGACCAGCGCAGCUGUGUGUUAUCCUGCGGCGGUGGUAUAUUUGAUGAGCUAGAAGGACACCUGUUCAGUCCAGGAUACCCGAACCCCCCGCCUCAAGCUGUGUCCUGUCAGUACAAUAUUUAUGUAAAAUCUGGCUUCACCAUCGCUCUUAACUUCACUGACAUCUUCCGCAUCGAGAGCGUGGACACUGAGCAAGGCCCAAACUGUCUAUAUCAUUGGUUGCAGCUGACCAUCCCAGACAGAGAGCCCAUGAAGCUGUGUGGUGGAAAGAGUCCAGGUCUGAUAGUCACAAACUCCAACACUGUCAGACUGGACUACCACACUGAUGAUGAAGGCCUGAGCAAAGGCUGGAGCCUGGACUACAGCACUUACAGAGUAAAGUGUCCAUUUCCCGGUAAUGUGGCUAAGGGCAGGGUCACUCCUAUCUUGACCGAAUAUUUCUACAGAGACUACAUCUUUGUGCGCUGUGAACAAGGAUACAAGCUGAUGAUGGACGGUGAGGAGGUCGAGGGUUUCUCUACCAUGUGCCAAAGCAAUGGAAAGUGGCACCUCCCUCUGCCAGAAUGUCACAUAAUUGAUUGUGGAGAACCUAAACCUUUGCUGAAUGGAGGGGUGACCUUCCUGUCUGGCCUUCAGAAUCAGUACCGUUCUGUUGUCCAGUAUCACUGUAACGAACCAUUUUACUCUCUCCUUGGAGAUAUAAAUGUUGUCUACACCUGUGAGGCAGACAGAGAGUGGAGAUCCAACAACGAUAUUGUUGUCAGUCCAACAUGCAUACCAGUUUGUGGCCAGCCCACAAAACUCAUCACUACCUAUCAAAAGAUCAUUGGAGGCAGUGAUGCUCCAGACAAUACCAUCCCCUGGCAAGUGCUCCUGAGUGUAGCUCGAGGUAGAGGAGGAGGCAUGGUGAUUGGAGACCGCUGGAUAAUGACUGCAGCUCAUAAUUUAAUGGAAAAUGGAAAUCCAAUUUCAAAAGAGACCGUACGGAUUUUCAUGGGAAUUACUGACGCCAACCUGUUGGGCUCUCCUGUGUUGGCUGCCUCGAUCCACAUUCACCCUCAAUACAAUAACCCCAACCAUCUAGAGUACAACAAUGACAUUGCCUUGAUCAAAAUGCAAGACUCAGUCACAUUCAACUCAUCCAUUAUGCCAAUAUGUUUGCCAGCAGUGGGCGCCACAUACACCACUGGCACGAUGGGACUGGUUUCAGGAUUUGGACUAACAGAAAUUAACAACACACGGAUUUUGACAAAUAGGAUGAAGUUUCUGCAACUCCCUGUGGUGAUGCAGCAGACAUGCAGUAAUUCAUUCACUCUGUUGAAGAGGAAAAGCAGCAAUGUACCGAGUCUGACAAACAACAUGUUUUGUGCUGGAGUCCCUGAAGGGGGGAAGGACUCCUGCCAAGGUGACAGUGGAGGACCCUACGCCCUGAGAACCAACCAACGGUUCUGGGCUGCUGGGAUCGUCAGCUGGGGGAUUGACUGCGGAAAGCCGGGAAGAUAUGGAGUCUAUACCAAAGUCGCCAACUACAUAGACUGGAUCAACAAGAUGAUGCAGGAGAACUGAAAUUUACAGUAAUUCAUGACAACAUGAUAAAAAUAGAGAACUGCAGUAAUUUUGCUGCAAAUAUACUCUUUCUUCAUGUUAAAGCAUUCAAUGUAACAAAAAGCUAUGAAAUUAGAUAAAAUGAUUAAGUACAAAUUAUGAUUUGGACAAUUUAAAAAUGUCCUAAAACUAUUAAAUGAAUGUCAUACUAAUUGUAAAGUCAUCACAUUCAAAUUUUCCAAAAGCAUUUUUUGAAUAAAGUUAAAUAAUACAAACUUAAA